UCACGGUCAACGGCACUGCCCAUACACUCAGUCCACCCUGGCGGGGACCUCUCCAAUGACCUCCAUGAAAACAGGGUCCCAGACAAGCCAGUUGGUCUGAAGGCCAUGGCACUGAAUGACCACAUCAGGGUGUGCUGGCAGCCCCCCGCACAGCACAAUGUGCUGCUGUGUGGCUACACCAUUGCCUGGGACCAAGGCGUGGCAGACAUCUACUCCAAGAUCGUGGACAGCAAGCAGCACGGUUACAUCAUUGAUAAGCUGGAACCCAACAUGGAGUUUGUGAUAAGCCUGCGAGCCUUCAACAACGUGGGUGAUGGGCAACCGGUGUACCAGCAAGUCCGCACCCAGCCAGAGGAGGAGGAGGUGGUGGCACCCACGCUGGACCCGGCGGUGGGGGUGAAGGCCGUGGUGCUGACGCCCUUCACCGUGGUGCUGCAGUGGGCGGACACCAUGCUGAGCCAGAACCAGUACAACAGCUGCACCACCUUCUCGUCCUCAUCCUCCAGCCGCUAUGUCAACGCCACGGAUGUGACCUGCCUCAUUGACAGCCUCAAGCCAUCAACAGUGUGUGAGUUUGCUGUGAAGACCAUCAGGGUGAGACCACAGUGCUGGAAGCCUUCGUUCUUCUUUCAGUAAAUAUUCACUCAGUCCUGCAACACUUCUCAAGGAAAUCCUGUACAGCUGAAUCCUUGCUGUGAUGAGGCACAGAGAAAUUAUGACUCA